AUGAAGGAACAAGUUAUAGACCAACCUCCAAAGCAAAUUAGAAAUAUUGAAUUUGGCGUAUUUGGGCCAAAAGAUAUAAUAAAACAAGGCGUUUUAGAGGUUUCAACAAGAGAACUAUAUAAUAUAAUAGAUAGAUCCACAGUACGCAAUGGUGCUCUUGACAAAAGAUUGGUAAAGCAUAAAAAAAUAAGAGGAAAACCAAGUAUAUCUAAUUACACUCAGGGGACUUCAGAUAAACAAGCAAUAUGCGAAACCUGUGGAGAAAAAAUAGUAACCUGUGUAGGACACUUCGGAUACGUAAAAUUAAUUCUUCCUGUCUUUCAUAUAGGAUAUUUUAAAACUAUUAUUACAAUACUUCAAAAUAUAUGCAAAGAUUGUUCAAAAAUAUUAUUAAAACUAAAAGAUACCUAUAGCUUUUUAAAAGAAUUAAGAAAAGCAGAAACAGAUAAUUUAAAAAAAUCACAAAUAUAUAAACGCAUAAAUGACACAUGUAAGAAAGUAAGAAUAUGUCCUAAUUGUCAGAGUACCCAGGGUGUUGUUAAAAAAGUUGGGGCAUUAAAAAUUAUCCACGAAAAGUUUAAAUAUAGUAAAAAAAAUCACCAAGAAGAAAUAGAAUUUCAAAAAACCUUUGAAACUAUUUUAAAAUCUACGCCUGAUAUGAAAACCCAUCUCUCUAAAGCACAUGAUGACCUAAAUCCUCUUAAAGUUUUAAAUCUAUUUAAGCAAAUUCCACCUAUGGAUUGUGAGCUUUUAGGUAUAAAUCCAUUAAAAGGUCGUCCAGAAAUGUUUAUUUGGCAAUGUAUACCAGCACCACCCGUUUGUAUAAGACCAUCUAUUUCCCAGGAUGGUGCUAGCACAGAAGAUGAUCUAACAGUCAAAUUAACAGAAAUCAUAUGGACCAACUCCUUAAUUAAAAGCGCAUUAGAAAAAGGAACACCUAUUCAGAAUUUAAUGGAGCAAUGGGAUUAUUUACAAUUAUGCGUUGCUAUGUAUAUUAAUAGCGAAUUACCUGGAAUAUCAUCACAAGCAAAUACAAAACCUAUGAGAGGAUUUUGUCAAAGAUUGAAGGGUAAACAAGGUCGUUUUAGAGGAAAUUUGUCAGGAAAAAGAGUUGAUUUUUCUGCAAGAACUGUAAUCGGACCAGAUCCUAAUCUAUCUAUUGAUCAGAUUGCUAUUCCUGAGCGAAUUGCUAAAAUUCUAACAUAUCCGGAAAAAGUAACAUACUAUAACAUCGAACAAUUAAAAAAAGCUAUUAUAAAUGGACCAGACAUUCAUCCAGGGGCAAAUUAUAUUAUGAAUCAAGAGAACGGAUUUAAAAAAUUUUUAAAAUUUGGAGAUCGUCAAAAGAUGGCUCUAGAACUUAAAAUUGGCGAUGUAGUUGAACGUCAUAUUCGUGAUGAUGAUAUUGUUUUAUUUAACCGUCAGCCUUCAUUACAUAAGCUUAGUAUAUUAUGUCACAAAGUAAAGGUUCGACCAUGGAAAACUUUCAGACUUAAUGAAUGUGUUUGUAAUCCAUACAAUGCGGACUUUGAUGGAGAUGAGAUGAACCUACAUGUUCCACAAACAGAAGAAGCACGCGCAGAAGCAAUAGAAUUAAUGAGCGUAAAAAACAACCUUGUAACUCCUCGUAAUGGGGAUCCAAUUAUUGCAGCCAUACAAGAUUUUGUCACAGCGUCAUACUUAAUUAGUCAAAAAGAUAAUUUUUAUGAUAGAAAAACAUUUACACAUAUAUGUUCUUUUAUGGUAGAUGCUAAUAUGCAUAUCGACUUGCCAUCUCCUGUUAUCAUAAAACCAGUAACCUUAUGGACAGGAAAGCAAAUAUUUAAUGUACUUAUGAGGCCUAACAAAAACUCGCCGGUAAUAGUUAAUUUAGAUGCUAAAACUAGGUCAUUUAGUUCUCCAAAAGGCAUACCAGAUCUUUGUAUUAAUGAUGGUUAUCUACUCAUACGUGGAAGUGAGAUUAUGUGUGGUGUUAUGGAUAAAUCAACAGUGGGCGAUGGUAAAAAAAAUUCCAUAUUUUAUGUCAUUUUAAAAAAUUAUGGUCCUACUGAAGCAGCAGAAGCUAUGAAUCGACUUGCAAAACUAUGUGCAAGAUGGAUAGGGAACCAUGGUUUUUCUAUUGGAAUAAAUGAUGUUCAACCAGGAGUUUUACUAAAAAAAAAAAAAGAAAGUUUAGUAAAAGCAGCAUAUCAGUCUUGUGAUGAUCUAAUAUAUGCAUUAUCAUCAGGGAAACUAGAAAAUCAGCCAGGUUGUGAUGCAGAACAAACAUUAGAAGCAAAAGUAUCUGGAAUACUUUCGAAAGUCCGAGACGAUGUUGGUCAAAUUUGUAUGAGUGAACUAGCAAGAACGAAUGCAUCUCUAAUUAUGGCUACAUGUGGUUCAAAAGGCUCUAAAAUCAAUGUUUCACAAAUGGUAUCAUGUGUAGGACAACAAAUUAUUAGUGGAAGUAGAGUUCCAAAUGGGUUUCAAGACAGAAGUUUGCCUCAUUUUCAAAAAAACUCAAAACAGCCUCCUGCAAAAGGAUUUGUAAAAAAUUCAUUUUAUUCUGGUUUAACACCUACAGAAUUUUUAUUUCAUGCCAUAUCAGGAAGAGAAGGUCUCGUUGAUACUGCAGUAAAAACAGCAGAAACAGGAUAUAUGUCCAGAAGAUUAAUGAAAUCUCUUGAAGAUUUAUCUUUACAAUAUGAUGGAACCGUUCGUAAUUCAUCAUCUGGAAUUGUACAGUUUAUAUAUGGUGAUGAUGGGUUAGAUCCAACUUAUUUAGAAGGAGAUAAUUGUCCUGUUGAAUUUUCAAGAACAUGGAACCAUUGCCAUAACAUUACAUCUAAAAUACAAUCGAAAGGACUCCUUCCUUAUGAAAUCAUAGAAACUACACGCAAGUAUCUUGAAAAUCCUAAAUUCAAGAACUGUACAGAAAAUUUCAAAAAUUCAAUAUUAAAUUUUAUUCAAAAAAAUAUAGCAGAACAUUUAGCAGCUAUUCGAGAAAGAAGAAAUCUUCCGUCUUUUCUUGAACAUACAAAUGAUUCUAAAUACAAAAAUAUUAUCAAUGAGGAAUCAUUAGAAAUUGAUUCUAAAAAAACAGUAGACAGCAUUUUCAAAGUUACUAAACAUCAACUUUUAACAUAUUUACAACUAUGUUUAGAAAAAUAUAUAAAAUCAAAAGUUGAACCUGGAACAGCUGUUGGGGCAGUAGGCGCACAGUCAAUUGGGGAACCUGGGACUCAAAUGACUUUAAAAACUUUCCAUUUUGCAGGUGUUGCAUCAAUGAAUGUUACAUUAGGCGUUCCUAGAAUUAAAGAAAUUAUUAAUGCAGCCAAAAUUAUUAGUACACCUAUUGUAACAUGCAAACUUGUAGCAGAGGAUGAUACACGAUCGGCUCGUGUAGUAAAAGGCCGCGUCGAAAAAACAUAUAUGAAAGAUAUAACCACAUUUAUAGAAGAAGUAUAUGGGCCUACUUCUUCAUAUAUUGGUAUAAAAAUAGACUGGAAUACUGUAAAUAGAUUACAACUAGAAAUAACAAUCGAUGAAAUUGCAGCGUCAAUUUGGCAAGCACCAAAAUUAAAAAUUUCAAACACAAAAGUUAGCAUUAGUAGUGAAGAUAAAAUAAAAGUAUAUGUAUCAAAUGAUGAUAAAGAUAAAGAAUUUGAUGAAGUUUACUAUAAACUACAACACUAUAAACGAACAUUACCUCACGUUAUUGUUAAGGGAAUUCCAUCAACUUCAAGAGCUGUUAUAAAUAUAGACGAAAAAGGAAAAAAUACACUUCUUGUAGAAGGCUAUGGUCUUCGGGAUGUGAUUAAUACUGAUGGAGUUGUUGGAACAAAAACGUCUACAAAUCAUGUUAUGGAAAUGAAACAAGUUCUUGGAAUAGAAGCAGCUAGGGCAUCUAUUAUUAAAGAGAUUGAUAUAACAAUGAGUUCACAUGGAAUGAAUAUUGAUCCUCGACAUGUUAUGUUAUUAGGUGACGUUAUGACAUACAGAGGGGAAAUUUUAGGAAUUACACGUUUUGGAGUAGCAAAAAUGAAAAACAGUGUAUUAAUGCUUGCAUCAUUUGAAAAAACAACAGAUCAUCUUUUUGAUGCAGCAGCUCGACUAACAAAAGAUUCAAUAGAAGGAGUUUCAGAAUGUAUUAUUCUCGGAAAACCAGCUCCAAUUGGUACUGGUCUUUUCCGUUUAGUUAGAAGAAUUAAUAUAGAAGAAUACCCUAAACCAAAAUCUCUUCUUUUUGAUAAUUCCAAUUUCUACAGAGUCAACACUUUUAUAAAAUAGUUUUUUUAUAGAAAUAAUCAUUAUUGUUGGUAACAAUACACAAAGUCCUUAAUUAAUAGAAAUAAAC